ACGGCGUCUGGCGCCAUGGCGGAAAACAGUUCCAGCGAUAGCAAAGAGGAGCAGUCGACGCAGCAAGAUGCAUUCCCGCUGGAGGAGACAACACCGGAAAUAGCCAGCACGGCUGCACUACUGGGCAGCAGCAUUGAUUUCGAGGACACUUUGUCCGUCGACUCGGCGAGCGUUUUUAGCACAACGACUACGACAACAACAACAACAACGCGCAGCAAAAGCAAAUCGCCAAACACACGAAAGCUGCGCAAAUUGUGCCGGCGGGUGAAGGCGCCCAAAAUGGUGCAGCCGCUGUUCAAGUACAGCUAUCAUGUACGUGAGGAUCACAAUCACCAAAUCUUUGGUGUGCAAUUUAAUCCCUUUCUGGAUAGAAGUCAAGCGGUAUUUGCAACGGUUGGCAAGGAUCGCGUCUCCAUCUAUGAGUGCCUCAAACGAAAUACUUUGGAUGCCGAGUCGGAGGAAGGAGAAGUCGGCAUACGUCUGCUGCAGGUCUAUGCGGAUCCGGAUACCGAUGAGAGUUUUUAUAGUUGUGCCUGGUCCUAUGAUACGAUUACGGGUGAUCCAGUGUUGGCGGCAGCUGGAUAUCGUGGCGUCAUUCGUAUCUUUAACAUAAUUAAGCAUCAGUGUGCCAAGAACUACAUUGGACAUGGGCAUGCAAUCAAUGAGCUGAAGUUCCAUCCGGUGCUGCCGCAACUGCUGCUCUCCGGCAGCAAGGAUCACUCGCUGCGCCUGUGGAACAUACAGACGGAUGUUUGCGUGGCCGUCUUUGGCGGCGUCGAGGGUCAUCGAGAUGAGGUGCUGUCGAUUGACUUUGAUUUGCGCGGAGAUCGCAUCAUGUCCAGCGGCAUGGAUCAUUCGCUUAAGUUGUGGCGCCUCAACAAACCGGACAUUAAGGAGGCCAUCGAGCUGAGCUCGAGCUUCAAUGCCAGCAAAAAUACAGCCCCCUUUCCCACCAUCAAGGAGCAUUUCCCGGACUUCUCCACGCGCGACAUUCAUCGCAAUUAUGUGGAUUGUGUUCAGUGGUUUGGCGACUUUGUCUUCUCGAAGUCGUGCGAAAACUCAAUAGUCUGUUGGAAGCCUGGCAAAUUGUCCGCUAAGGUGCAUGAGAUCAAGCCUCAGGACUCCACGACCGUCCUGCAUCAUUUUGACUACAAAAUGUGCGAAAUUUGGUUUGUGCGCUUCGCAUUUAAUGCGUGGCAAAAGGUGCUGGCACUUGGCAACCAGCUGGGCACAACGUUCGUCUGGGAGCUGGACUCCAAUGAUCCGAACCUGACCAAGUGCAGCCAACUGAUGCAUCCCAAGUGCACAUCGACAAUCCGACAAACUUCCUUCUCCAAGGAUGGCUCCAUUUUGAUUUGCGUCUGCGAUGACAGUACCGUUUGGCGUUGGGAUCGUAUCAAUUAAACAGCAUUUUCUACAAUAUUUCAUAUACAUUAACACUGAUAUUUAUACAACUAUUUAUAUUUAUCCACCAGUAAUGUUCUAAACAUGCAUUUUAUAAAUACAAUUUCCUUGAUUUCCACGA